AUGGCACCCAUUACAAACAUCACCACGGCCAUCAUCGACGCUCUGAACCAAGCAAGGGCAGCCACCGACCCCUCCUCGCCCGUCAACCUGACCAUCAACAACAUAAAUCAAGUCCAGCCAACCACCUCCUCAUCCGGACCCUUCAGCAACUCCUUGCUGACCUCUAUCCUCACCUUCUUCGCAGCACUAGCGAACAUCUGGCUCGGCCUGGGCGGCACAGGCGUCAUCGCCGUCAUUCUCUUCCUUGUCCAGUGCUACAAGGAAGGGAAAUGGCCGCAGUCUCCCGAAGAAGACCAGGUGGAGUUGACCAAGGAGCAGGUCGAGCUAACCCGCGAGCUCUUGGAGGUGACCAAGAGAAUGGAGGAGGGACGAUUCGACUACGAGUCCAGUGCCAAGGAGCAUCAUGACCGGCAAGGGCGCCAGAUGGAUCUCCUGCUCGAGCACUUCAGCAUCAAGGACCGGCCGUGCCUUCAUUCGAAGUGGGACUGCCAUGGGGAGUACUGCCCACCGGGACGGAACUGGAGGUACGAUGCUUGGGAUUCUGAGAAGUGGGACAUCGACUGGUCGCAGUAUGGGAGUCGGGAGAACCUGAUUCUUUUCGAUAGCCGGCCUGACUCUGAGCAGCAAUCGAGGCAGGAUGGGGAACAGCGCAGUGGUGGUGUGGGUUUGGGGAAUGAGGUGAAGUUGGUUGACGUCCCUAGCGACUGGACUGCACUAUCGGAGUCGGUCGUGGAAAAUGAGGGUGUCACGGAUUGGGGGAACCACGAGAAAAUGGUUUGGUUGGAAGGUGCUGAGGAAGGUUUGGCUGGGCUACCUCUUUAUCACGGCACAACAAAAUUGAAAACUUCUUGA